GCCGCCACGCUUUCCGCAUCCAUGGCCAAGUUUAUUCAUUACCCUCGCUGUCUCUCUUUUGUUUCAUCUCGACGCCAUGUCUACCAGCACCGUCAUGCAGAAGCCAAAGGAGAAGGUCGAUAACCUCGCCGACCACAAUGUGGACACUACCGACACGGAGUUGCGCUACAUGGCUUACGCCUCCCGUUUGAGGACGGUUUUACGCGCCGGCCACCGAUAUGUCGCAUAUACCAGUGAUGUCGGCGAAGCGUUUCGUCCCGUCGUCCCACCAGCGGUUGUGACCGCUGCCUAUGGUAUCUCGUGGCUGUACCUUGCCGGCGAUGUCGGAUAUGAAUCCUACAAGGCGCACAGGCGAGGUCCGACUCCGCUCGAGGCCGCAAACUUCGCCGAGCCAACGCGAGUCGGCAUGGUCGCGGUCAAGCGCGCCGUCUUCCAGUCUAUUGCCUCCAUGGCCCUCCCCGCGUUUACCAUUCAUACGGCGGUUAAGAUUGCCAAGAGGGCCUUUGUCUAUGUCAAACAUCCGCGCAUCAGAACAUGGGGCCCGUCGGCGACCGGUCUAGCGAUGAUUCCUAUCCUGCCAUAUCUUUACGACAAGCCAGUAGAACACUCUACAGAGGCGGCGUUUGAGUGGAUAGAGAAACAGAUUAUAGAGCGGGAAACCAAGACGGAGUUAUAGACCUCUACUGAUGUAGUACCAUCUGCUUGCAUAUAAUGCGGGGACAAUAAUUGGCCGAUAUUUAUCUCAUUCGAGCCGGAGAAUAGCGUUGAGAGUCCACCAAAGAUGUGUAAUUGCCGGGGGUGAGAGACUGGAUUGACUCCGAGUUGAGCUGCUGAUACAAGGAUUGCGUGAGUACAUGUCUACGGCAUAACCUAACGUAGGUAUGGUUCGAGAUUAGGAGAUCAUAUAACGACCGUCCAAUGAGAGCACUGCGAGAUGUGAACGUUUGAACAGUCUGGUUUCGU